AUGGGAGAUCUUUUGUCUUUAUUCUGGGAGCUGGACCCUCCUCCCAUGCCCCUCAGUUUUAGUAUUCCGAGACAGGAUGCUGAGUGCCGGAAGGACGGGAAGGACGAUUCUUGUGGGAUAGUAGGAAGUUUUCUGCUUUGGUAUUUCGUCAUCAUACUGAUUCUCAUGUUCUUCUCUCGGGCUUCCCUCUGGAUGUCUGCCAGCAAGUGGGAUGAAGACGGUGGGACCAGUGCGCCAGUAAGUCAAGCAAGUAAAGAAACUUUCUAUAAGCAACAAAGUAAAGACAGAUCCUUGGACUAUUCACAAGUGAUGAAGAAACCAAAGCAGAACCAACUUUCUGCCGUAACUGACUCCGAAAUGGCUUUGGUCAGUGCCUACCUUGAACAUAGACGAGCUAGGCGCCAUUCCCAGUUCCACCGGAAGAAUCAGAUCCAGCAAGACAGCGAUAGCACUGAGCGCGAAAAUGAGGAAUCCAACUCUGGAGCAUCCUCGUGGAAGGAGAGUGAAAGUGAACAGCCUCCGUCGCCCGCCAGUAUCAAGAGGAGAAAAUCAGUGUUGAGGCCAAGGGAUCUGGAAAAUUACCAAGUCAGAGAAAGACCCUGCCUCCACUGCAAGGCCAUGAGAACCAAAGAAUGGCUGUCGCGUCACUUCCCCGAAAGUACUUCGGGAACAACCUCCGUGAAGGAAGAGUUUCAACAGGAGAGUCUGACACCUGGCAUCAGCACAUUAACUCAAGUGGGUCUCUGUUACUGGAAACCAGAAGAACCUCCUCCCCAGUGGCGUGCUGGAAUGUUUGACAGUGUGCGCAGUGUUAACAGCCUGGCUGUGUUGCACGCCGCUUUCCCUGGUAUAAAUACCCGCACUGUUGCCAGUCUCAAAGCUGCCAAAGCACUUCGGCUUCAACAGCAGAAGCGAGAUGACAAGGAGUCGUCAGACAUCAUCAUUCAGACAUCCCCUCCGCGCAGGCGCGACUCUCAGCCUUCCGUAAAUGUGGCAGCCUGCACGCCUGAGAGCUGGUAUAACUGGAGCGCCACAGCACGGGACUAA